GAGGAUGUUGCGGGCUGAUGAAGAAGAGGACCAUCGUGGGAGGCUACGCCUUCACCUGGUGGUUCGUCACCGACGUUCAACGUCUGUCCUUGGAGGUAAUGACCUUGAACCCAGUCUGCGAGAGCGUGGAAACUGCCCAAGGUGUACCAUUGACCGUCACGGGGGUCGCGCAAUGCAAAAUCAUGAAGGCUGACGAGCUGCUGCACACUGCCAGCGAACAGUUUCUCGGCAAAAGCGUGCACGAGAUCAAAUCGACGAUCCUUUCUACCUUGGAGGGCCAUCUUCGAGCUAUAUUAGGCACCCUCUCCGUCGAAGAGAUCUACAAGGAUCGAGAUCAAUUUGCGACACUGGUGAGGGAGGUUGCGGCUCCAGACGUCGGCCGCAUGGGCAUCGAAAUUUUGUCAUUCACGAUAAAGGAUGUCUACGACAACGUUCAGUAUUUGGCAUCACUCGGCAAAGCGCAGACUGCGGCUGUUAAACGCGACGCCGACGUUGGCGUCGCCGAGGCGAACCGCGACGCCGGCAUUCGAGAAGCAGAGUGCGAGAAAGCAGCGAUGGACACGAAAUACAACACCGACACAAAGAUCGAAGACAACGCCAGACUCUUCCAGCUGCAGAAAGCGAACUUCGAUCAGGAAGUGAACACAGCGAAAGCUGAGGCUCAACUUGCCUACGAGCUUCAAGCAGCAAAGAUAAGGCAACGAAUACGAAACGAGGAGAUCCAAAUAAAAAUUGUUCAAAGGCGCAAGCAGAUUGAGGUGGAGGUGCAAGAGGUCCAACGAAAGGAACAUGAGCUCCAAAGCACUGUACGCUUACCAGCUGAGGCAGAGCAUUACAAAAUUGGCAGAGUGGCUGAAGGAAAAAGAACACAAACAGUGGAUGCUGCCCAAGCUGAGGCUGAGAGAAUUCGACUCAUUGGAGAAGCUGAAGCUCAGGCUCUGGAGGCAAUAGGAAUAUCGGAGGCAGAACGUAUGCGAAUGAAGGCUGCUGUGUACAAGAAGUAUGGAGAAGCAGCUAUUCUAAACAUUGCUCUGAACGCUUUACCGAAGAUUGCAGCAGAGGUAGCAGCGCCAUUGGCCAGAACGGAGGAAAUAGUUCUUCUUGGUGGAAACGAUACAACCAGUGGAGAAAUUACGCGCCUUGUGGGGCAAGUACCUCCAGCUGUACAAGCACUGACCGGUGUAGAUCUUUCAAAAGUGUUAGGAAAAAUACCGGGGGCAAAGUAAUGGCGGACAGAGUAAUAUAGAACAGUGACCAGGCGAUCAGACAUUCGGAAUCAGCUGAGGAAAGGAGCAAAACUUUCUACUGCCAAAGGUUUCUCUGCUAUUCUUUCAUCCACCGGUGACACUCCACCUUUUUCUCAUUCCCAAAUUACUCUACCUCAAACGUAGAUGAAAUCACGUUGAACACAACCGAUCAGAUCGGCCGUGUCUCCGCUACAAACGUGUUUAACGCAUUCAGGACACUGUGAUCAAUAGAUUCAUUGAACUAUCAUCGUAGAGAACCCGUCUUUGCUACUGCUGAAUGACUGUCUAACUAUUUUCUAGCUAAUUCUGCAACUCUCUAAGAUCCAAUAUAGCGUGGCCUGGCAAUAACUAUCUACUAUUUUGAACAAGCCAGUUGGCAAAUAUAGUAACCCCUGGUCUAUAGCGUUCGAGUCCAUUUUGACCCAAUGUUUCAUAAAUGUCAUCGUUAAAUUGCUAGUUAUUCAUUCAAAUACAAUAAGAAACUCUUCAAUGAUAUAAUUAACACGCUGGCAAUAUUGAAUUGUAACAGAGAAUUAAAUGAAAUCACUUGACGAUCUGAGCAAUUCAAAUUGAUUAUAAUGACUCGUACGCAAGGGAUUGUGGUCUCAUAUAUAAGCCAUGCUGGAGUCAGUGUGUUAAAAGUAUUGGUAAGCAAGAGUCGAAAUGGACCUGAACUCAGCUGCGCAACAGUCAGAAAUGUCUGUUUUUUAAGAGUUAAGAAUAUUUAGGGGUGAAACUGAAUUGUCCUGAGUGUAUUAACGUUGAUCACAUUACCAACGCUUCGUUCCUCGCGUUACACAUUGUCAUGAAACGCACAUUGCCCCGUCAAUCUCUGUCACCGCCGUGCAUAAUGUUCUCCAACGCGUUCCACUCUUGCGACUAUCAAGCCGAUUGACGAAGACUCUUCAAGGUGACAGCUUCAAUGUGCAAAAUUCUCUUCAUGCCCUCCAAGUUGACGCUUAGGACACAAUAACUUCUGUUCAGUAUCACUAUUGAAAGGUAAUACUGCACUGAAUAUGGAGGAUUAAACAAAUAGUUAACUAGAAAUCGGUGUUUUCGACUUUGCUGGUAACUAUAAGUCUUGUUGAUAUCGAAUCAUCGAUACAGUCGAGGAGAAGCAAGAAGAAUCUUCUGUAGUCUCAGUUUCUUGUCACGAUUGAGGUUUAACUCUGGAAGGCGGACCCUUUUUGGAGAUUAUGGAUGUCUAGGAUCAUCAAAGUCUUAUGAGAUUUUCUGGAUAUGAUCUACAAACAUAGUUUUAAAAGAAUGACUCGAGGAAACUCAUUAACGUUACUUUAAUAUUAAUGGAUUAAUACUCUGAGAUUAAACAAUGAUCUGAGAUUAUUAUGAUGACACGUUGAGAAGCUGUAUCUAAAUAGAUCUUUAAUGAUUCCAUUCCACUGCUUAUAAUCAAACAUCGACAUAUUAUGGGAUUCAUAAAUAUUGCUAGUAUUUUCUUGGUUCUUUUGAUUUUCUACACUUGGAUAGUGGCAUUAUAAGGUGUGCAAAUUAAUUUCAUACUUUUCUUAAAAGAAUUGAGUAGUGAACAUAUUACUGUUCAAAAUAUUAAUGUUGGUGCCUUCUCAACUAUAUGGAGCACUUAACAGCUUAAGAUUGGUACGGCAAAACUUACUAACUUUAAGUUGGCACUACAAGAUACAAUAAAUGUCAGAUAAAUCUUUCAACUUAAACUGUAGACAGUAUGAUACUUGCGAAACGAUAAAAAGAUAUUUUAAUUAAAACUGUAUCUUAUGAUUAGAACCACGAAACUCAUUGAAUGAUAGGAAGAUAUCCGAAUUUAACCUACAAAUUAAGGUUGGUACUACAAAAGUCGCUAUAUGGCAGGAAGAUUUUCGAAUUUAGAUCGAAGAUACAAUUACGCAUAUAUAUAGAUAAAAGUACAUAAUUAGUUUACACAUCUAAUAAUUUAUGAAAUAAAAACGAAGAAAAUACACGAAAUAAUGUCGAAAAAUCGAUACAAAUGGGAGAAGCUUUUGUACUUACAUUAAGUGAAUCUUUUAGGAAAAUCACAGACAAACCAAGUGAUUCAAAAGAUCACUUUGUAGGAAAAUUGAGCACAUAAUAAUACAGUUUCUUAACUGGUCUUCGACAACAUUUACACGAUGCUCGUUAAUUCAAGAACAAAAUUUGAAAGGAGAACAACAAUCUUAGACAUACAAAAUACUUCAAGGUCCACUCUCUCCGCUAACUUUCAACCGCUGGGUCAGAACAGACCCGAGGCCGCCUUUCAGAGUUUGAAUAAACCAAAGGCGCGAUCGCGGUGAUAACCAUCAGGUUCGCGAAGCGUUUUCGAACGAGCCUGAAGGAAGGUAAUCAACACGAGGAUAAUAUGGCGACCAGUAGCGGGAGGGACGCAAAAUUCAAGGAACUUGCGACGUAGCCAGGAAUCGAAUUAUAUAGGCGAAUGCAACAUUCGCGUAAAUCUAUUGUGAUUGAAAACUUUUGAUCAUUGUGUUCAUCAUAACAUAAGUAACUUAACAAAGAAAAGAAGAAAGGGAAGAGAUAGAGAGAAAGAGUGUGCGAAAGAGAGUGAGAAAGUGUAGAUGUUUGAACGGAAUAGGCGACGUGGAAGUCAACUGUCCGUAGUUGUUGUACAUACUCAUAGUAACGUGUGUAUAAUAGAAGCUGAAGGCUGAUUGCCUUGCUUGUUUAGAACGAUGAGCGACGAAUGAACAUGUUCUGAUAAUCAGUGUGGCACUCGUUUCGCUAAUUAUGGUUCUGGCUCGGAUCAGUCUAGAGAAUUUCACGAUGAUUAUUCGUUUAGGGACUUUGACAUCAAAUUUCUUCAAUCCGUUAGAACUUGAAGAAACAUGCACUUCUUCAUUAAAAAGUUUUGAUUAAUUGACAAUUUUUGUUAACGAACACAUCUUUUGUUUAGUUUUAUAUAUUUGUAGGUGUCAGAGAUGUGUAUAUGUAUUAGGCGAUUGUUCGAAUUUACUUGGAGGAAAAUUAUAAUAUCGACCUUAUUUGGAAUUGAUGAAUUUAAUGAAUAUUAUAAAAGUGGUCUUGAGAUUCUUUGUGUGUGGGAGCUGCUCCAAGAACAUAGGACGCGAAUGAGUGUCACCGGUCAUUCGUCGUGAUCGCGUCCGAAAUUCUCUCGUUUGACCACGCAUCGGAACCAACUCGCACCACCGACAAGUGUAUACUAAUUAUACCAAAACGGAGAAAGUGCCAAUUUGUAAAUACAGUGUCGUCUCGCCGCCAUAGCAAAAGACUAUGAUAUUUAAUAUUGCGUAACUAGCAUUCCGUUGUAUCGCACUUUACUAUUUUGUUCGCAAGUUGGCCGAUAAUGGUUCGGUGACUUCUUCACACGGAGAUUUUCGAACUUUCUUCCUCAGUUUCCGUUAAUUUUACGUCAGAGUAUUACCGAGCAGUUAUCUACCAGUCGUAUAUUUAACGCUUGAUGGUUUGGAGACUUUACUGUAAUUAGGGACUCUAUUAUUUCUCUAUCAAUUUUCAAAUUCUUCACGAAUUAUUGUUUUCAUUACACAAAAAGUAUACUGUUUUACUGUUUGUCCCAUAAGAGACCAGUAUUAAAACUAUAUUAUACUAAGCGAGAUUAGUAUAGUUUCGAUUCAUAUCUUUA